CACCUUUUCAUCCUUCAUCCGUUCCCAUACAGUUUAAACUCAUCUCCUUGCCCCGCGCUCAGAACCACUUUUUUGACAACGACUAGACUAAGACUAACAAAGAUCCAUCAAACGCCGCAACUAUCAUCGCGUCUGAUCACCGCUGUAUUGAGUUCUACUUCCUUCCGAGGAUCUACACCCUCCUCGGCUCUUAACCAUGGCCAAAGUGUCUGAUUUCCUCGCUGCCCAUCUCGGCGCAAACGGGGACGGCCAAGCUGCUUCAGGCGCCACAAGUCCUGGAGCAGAGUGGCGAGAUGAUGACGACGGCGAUGUAGCUGCCAGAUACAGGCCCCGUACCUAUCCUUACUAUCGCUAUCUGCCAUACGAUACAGAGGAUGAGUCCGAGCGGCAAAAGAACCUUGAUGAAAUCAUUAAACAUCUCUACAUCUCUAUUGAAGCGGGGGAUUUCGCCCCCGGAGCAGUGCACUGGUCGAGGGAACUCAGAAGUUGGCUUAGUCUGAAGUUUGAUCCGCCCCGAAAAACGAGGGUUAAGCUCGUCAAAUUAUAUUAUGAGCUUGCCAUGGCUCCGGGCUUGGACCCCACCGUUGCUGAGAGAUUCGCGAGCAUGUUUAUGGUCCUGACAAAGCGAAAACACUACCUGCGCCCCGGGAAAGACCUUACAUUGGAUUGGAGACCCCUCUUCAAGGAGCUCAAGGUGUUUGUGCUUCCUCAAGAGUCAGGGUUUAUCCAUUCCACCACAGUAAAAAAGAAUGUCCGGACAUUGACGAAGAUGUGCUCGUUUGCGCAACCCUUCUUCAACCCGGAGGAGAUAACUGAAAUGUUUGAAGAGUUUUUGCCUUAUUUUAGCACCUCUUUCGCCGAGGGCGCUUUUGUGGUUGUUGGAUUGUUAAAUCUGCUUCUUCCCACGGUUCCUCCACCCCCGGACAAGCCGAAGCUACAACCCUCUUAUUAUCUUCCUACACUUUUUCACUUGUGGUCACUCGUAAAUCGUUCUCGUGUGUUUGACGUAAAUUUCUUGGAUUUACUGUCCCGCCUGGCUCGGGAUCUGCUGCCAGCAAAAGGCAUACCUUUUGGAGAGUAUGGUAUUUACAGUAAAGAACAGUCAGCGUUGAUAUUUACAGCCAUACUUCGGCUUCUGGAGAUUCCGGUUGGUCAGGCAACCUCUCCAUAUAGCAGUGUCGUGGAUACGAAUAUUGGGUUGGCCAUGACUUUGGAUCGAGACCCCAGGAAAAAUCCAGUGGCGCACCAUAUAGCAAGAUGGAUUGUCAUGUCGCUAUCGCCCCAUUCCCUUAAUCAACCAGAUUCGAUCCUUUCCAACCUCGAGGGGUUAAUUCAAGCCGUGGAGACCUUUUUCCAUCCUUCAAAUACUGGAAAUUGGACAAAGACCCUGUCUCAACUUGUAUAUUAUUUGGCCGACUUCUUUGUGAUGAGGUGGAAUCGGGAGAGGAGUGGAGAGAUGGAGGUACCCGAGGACAGGAGGCUUACGCCUGAGCUUAAGAGACGCUUUGUUAUGUGUCUGAAAGAGGUAAUAUUCAUGGGGAUAUAUGCCAAGAGUUCUACCGCAAUGAGCUUCUCACUGUCCUCUCUGCAAAGCCUGGCUUAUCUCGAGCCGGAUCUUAUACUCCCUGGUGCCCUUCAGCGUAUAUAUCCAUCAAUUCAAGGACUAGUGGAGGUACAUCGCACCACGUCCUCCCUACGCUCACUACAAGUUCUCUCUAGAAUAAUGGUUCGUACUAGAGGGUUUAGAAAUCAUGUUACCACUUUAUUGGGACUUGCUUUGCCCGGAAUUGAUGCAAAUGACCUGGACAAGACAUUGCACACACUAUCGUUUGUUCAGGCCGUGGCUUAUAACAUCCCCUUCCGUGAUCUUACAGAGGACGAGGAGGGGGGAGUCUUCACAGCUUAUCAUCAGGCUCGAGAUGCUAUGGCGUUCAUUUGUAACUCACUUUGCAAGGUUAACCCGGAGAAAGCAUUGAAACAGUUGAUUCCUGUGCUAAUCCGGAAUAUUCGUACGGAGAUUGAAGAAAAUGGAGCAGCAUCAACGAGAAAUACAGGCUCUGACGUGCUUCCGAGAGAUCGGGGUCUUGUAUGGAACGUGAGUAUCCUCAGCAUGUGCGUCGUCCACAUCGGCGACGCGGUGUUGAAUCACAAGGAGGAGCUUUUGGAAAUCGCAGGUUUCAUGCAAAAGAGGUGCAAGGGAAUGCCAACUGUGCAUAUCUCGAAUUUUAUUCAUCACUUGUUGCUAAAUCUUACUGUGGUUUAUACAGUAGAUUAUGGUCUCGUGGAGCCUGAUAAACGUUGCGAUAUCAACGCGUGGGGUAAGGUCUAUGAUCCGAAGGAGAUUACUAUCAGAUGGCAUAUACCUUCACGUGAGGAGGUUGAGUUUGCUGUGGAGCUAUUCAGGUCCCAAGCAGAGAAUGCUCUGGAAGCCCUAGCCUCGCUCACAAGUGGGAGCUCAGAUAUAAAGAGUGACGGAACUGGGAAAGAGUGGUCUGAUGAGGUUUCCCGGAACCUAGUUCUUCUGAGAUUAAUAAUUUCUGGGAUCUCCGUUUUGUUCGAUCCGCAGCGCAUACCCGGCGGGACUCUAGUAGAGAAGGAAAAGAGGGAUGACGAUCUGGAGAUGAAAGAUGCUGAUGGAGACACCGGGGACGCUCCCGGCGAUGUCUCUGGAACCGAUGGCUCUGAUGAACCUAUGGGUGAGGCACAGGAUGACGACGUUAAACCAACAUAUCGAUACCCCGCGGGAUACUUUUUCGAUGAUCCUGGGGACCCGCUGUAUGUUACUGUCCAUGACUUGAGGGAUAAAGUUGGCGGGAUAUUGCAUUCAGUACAUACCUUCCUAACUUCAAGCCAAGAGGAUGACGUACCAUGCUUUAAUGCUUUGUAUACGGCAUAUCGAUCUUGGUUUAUGGAUGUCGGGAUUGAGAGGUCGGCAUGUGUCUUGGAUAGGGUCACUCGCUUGUUUGCUGCAGAUAUCCACCCUUUCAAGGUUAGCGGGAUGCGGAAAAAUUAUCCUAGACCCCUCCUUCUCCGAAGAGCAAACGUGUAUCACCUUCAGCGGCUUAGGCAUAAUGCUGGACCAAGGCCUCAAUCGGUGAUGGACAAAACAUUACUCCUGGAUCUUGCGGAGUCAUGUGUAUCCCUUUACACAGAGAUUCGAAGGCAUGCGCAAAGUGCAGGAGAAUCGGCGACCAAAGUUAUAAUUGGUGCUAGGCCGUUGGUCAUCCCGCCACUCCUAACAGCAUUCGAGGAUUCCAUUAAAAACAACGACUUCCGGAGAAUGAAAGGUGCAAUGUACAGCUUGCUAUUCGGUAGUUUGGCCAAAACUGCGGGGCGAGAUUGGCGCUAUACUCCUGCUCUAAUUAAGGCUUUCAUUUCCGCAAGUACGGCAGAUAAGCCUUCUGUCCAGAAACUUGCAACAAGCGCAACAUAUCAAGUUAUGGACUACGGUAGGCCUUUAGAGAGGAUGGUCAUUUUAAAUGAUGAGACUGUAAGAAGGAUUGCGCCAGCCGAAGAUUUGUUGGCCGUGAUAACCAAGAAGAGGGAUCAAAUUGCCCGAAAACGUAAGAGAAUCGAGGCCAAGAAGCAUGAUUUAGCGCUCGAGCUAGUAGAGCUUGCAAAGAAGGCUCACUGGAAGACCGCUAGCCGAGCCGCAACAAUUGUUGUGAAUCUUGGCCUGAGAUUCCAGACUAUUGCACCGACUUCAAUGCUAGAACUGACGACGAAGGGCACCGUUGACGCGCAUCCUGGACUCAGAGGAUUAUAUUCCGGCGCAUUAGUUGCGUACUUCUGCUUGAUCGAACUGCGAGCUACAUGUGACCAUAACUAUCGGAAUUUCCUGAUUGACAGGCUCUCUUUACCGAAUAAGGUUAAUGUUCCGACAAGAUCAGAUGAUCCAAAGUGGACGUCAAAGUUUCUAGAUGCAUUUACCAAGCCUGAGGCCGAGUACUAUGUGGACCAUGACUAUCCCGGAUGGUUUGUAUGGGGUAAAGACUUCCCAGCUUACGAGGUAAAUCCAGAAGAAGGAUUACAAUUUGAUGAAGUCGAGACAAAUGCGCGAAAGACAAUUGCCAAUCUACUUGAUAGGGAAUGGUUCAAGUCUUUCUUUGGCUAUCUUAAGCAAGAACCUCGUGACGGAUCACCCGAUAGGUUCCGAAUGGCCAGCUCAAUGUUGUUACAGUUCGCCUUCGAGCUAGUUCGGGAUGGGCUAGCAUUAGUUACAUAUGAUCAGCUCAAAGAAGAGACAGAGGCAGUGUUUGAGGAUGGGAGUGAUAAACAUCAACACCGCGCAACCGCAGAGAUUCUUGGAGCUCUUGUCAAUGCAUAUAGAGACUCGACAGUCAAAAAUCGGGACAUGAUGUGGGCUCAUGUAUUUCCUAUCGUCAAACGGAUCUUUGAGGAGGGCCUUACCCCCGAGAAUUCCUCAUACUGGUCGUCUUUCUUGCAUCUUGUUUUGCAAGGGAAGGACCUAAGGCGGUCAUGGCCUAUCUUGGAAUGGUUAACAAACUAUCGACUGGACAUGAAUUCGAAUGCGGCAUUCAAAGAGAGUUCUAAGAUUCAGCUUCUGCAGCAAUCUAUUCAGGAAGCAGGCUGGCAUUUCCGAUUAGAGAAGCCGAUCUUGGAAGACUUCCUGAAACACAUUGACCAUCCGUAUAAAGGCAAGGGCGUGCGAGAGGCGAUGGGACAGACCCUAGGGACCAUUUAUAGAUCUAGACACCACGAGUCAUACAAAAAUGUGCAGUACCUCAUGGACACACAGGCCAGGGCAUCCUCGGUUGGAUUAACCCCUUACGGCCCGACUGAGGAAUUUUCGGAAACGGUGCAUAGCGUAUUCAAACGACUGGAGCAGUGGAGACAUGAACGUACACCCGGACAACAAUCGCCUUCAUCAUACACAGCAGGAAGCAAGACGGUGUUAUUAUGGCUGGAUACCACAUUGUCCUCCCACGAGUGCACACAAUUGAUACCAUUCUUCCCCGAUGUUUUCAUGGGCGAAAUGUUGCACAUGAUGGACAUUAAAGAGGAUCCAGAGUUGAUGUCUCUUGCUUACCACGUUUUCAGACAUCUUCCAAAUAUUCCUCACCCAUUCAAACAAGACCACAAAUUUAUUUCUGCGCUAAUACGAAUCGGGACAACCUCUCCACUUUGGCAUCAGCGACUCCGUGUCCUAAUUAACAUGCAAGUAAUAUAUUUCCGUCGUCUAUUCCUCAUUACAGCCGAGGAAAAGGAGCGAAUAUUCACUUGUGUGUCGACGAUGCUUGAGGAUCCGCAGUUAGAAGUUCGGAUUGGGGCAGCGACUACGUUGUCCGGGAUGGUUCGGUGUUCGCCGGUUAGGCUAAGACAGGGGAUUGUGCAGGAGCUGAAAAAUAAGUUUACUAGAAUGCUAGUUCGGAAUCCUUUGCCCAAGAGAUCACCAGCAGGUACCCCAACUCCCGAUUAUACAAGGAUCGUUAUCACCCGUCAUGCGGCGGUCUUAGGUCUUGGUGCGCUUGUCCAGGCCUUCCCGUACGCCUCUCCACCGCCCCUUUGGUUGCCGGAAGUGUUGGCCACACUUGCAGUCAAAGCGGCGGCAGAUCCCGGUAUGGUUGGUAAAAGUGUCAAGAGCGCCCUCGGGGAAUUCAAGAAGACACGGCAGGAUACAUGGCAUGUAGACGUCAAGGCGUUCACUUCAGAUCAACUAGAGGAUUUGGAAGGAGUGCUGUGGAAAAGUUACUUCGCAUGAGAACCACGAGACAAAAAAUAAAGUAUUGGUAGAAAUUGCACCUGUCAAUGCCUUGAAGGGCAUAUGAGACGAGAACAUGGAUUGUUUACUGGUGUAGCCCACCUCCCCCUUUGUCGAUUAAUUCUGUAGAUAGAAUUAAGAAAAAAACCCCCGAAGUUUCCGACUUCAUGA